UUUCCUACACACUCAAUCGAGAGAGGGAAUUGAGGACAGAGAGCAAGAGGCUGGUAGAACAGGCUUCUGAGCAGAGAGUCGCCCCUGAAAACCAGGGCAACUUGGAUGGCUGGUGCACCGAGCACAGGGGGCUGAACCCAGACCAAGUGGCCAGCCAAGAGUGGUUUGCUCGGGCAGAAGCUGGGUCACGCCCGCGCAGGGUGCCUUUUGUAAGGUGCUGCUAAUAGACAAAUUACAGCUCUCAGUGUCUGUCAAGGUAGAUAAGAGACCAUGUGACACACCCCGGCAGUAAAUGGUCUGCAGGCAGGGUAAAGGUGCAUAGGGAAGUAAAGCAGGAGGGAAGGUGCAGGAGUCCCCUUUCCAGUUCCCCCAGACAUCUCAAAUCUGUGCCUUGCUGUCGCUAGGGAUCUCUGCAGAGUGGGGUUUGAACCUGUGUUGAUGUCUGGAGAGCCGGGAUGUCUUUCAACAGGAAGAACUGGUCUGCGCUCUCUAGCAGCCUGGCCAGGCAGAGGACUUUGGAGGAUGAGGAGGAACAAGCGAGAGAACGCCGGCGGAGAGACCGCAACCUGAGCUCCACCACUGAUGCUGAGGAUGAAGCCCUUUCCCCUGUGCAGGAUCCCAACAAGCAGGCAGUGGAGAGGCUACGGCGGCUCAAGGAAGCAGAGCCACCAGCGGCAGCCACGGCCGAAGAGGAGGUGUCUGAGCAGAAGCUCACAGCGGUGCUGAGACCGCAAGAGAUCAGGAGGCAGAGGUGGCACGUGGAGAGCUCAGAAAACCUCCGAAAGGAGAAGGAGCAGCCAGAGAACUGCAGGGAGCCAGACAUGGGAGCAGGCCGCCUGGAGGCAGCCCCAUGUCGGGGGUCAGCUCGGGAUGGGAAAGCUCUGGCAGGGGAACAGCACCAGGGGCUGGCCCAAGAGCCGACAGGCCCAAAGGCAGAACAAUGUCUGGGGUUGGCUCCAGAGCAGAAGAUCCUGGUAGGAGAACAGCAUCAGGGGUUGGCUCAGGAUGAGAAGGACCUGAUAGCUGACAAGCCCCCGCAGGAGCCAGAGGUGACAGGAGGCCAGCCCCAGGGAUCGGCUCAGGAGCAGAAAGACCGUAGUCACCUGGAGGUGAAAGUCUUCUCAAGGGGAAGAAGCCGCAUAGAACAAAAACCAGACUCCCCAGUUACUCGCCCCUUCAGCCAGCAGGAUACAGCAAGGAAUCCCCCGCGGGCUCAGGAAACAGCAGGGUCGCCCACCACCCAAGACAGACCCGGAGGCUCCUCGGUUACUUCCCCCACUCAGAUCACCUACAGCAGCUCGUUCAAACGCAUCAGCCCCAGGACGGUCUCUUUCCGGGUGAUCUCUAGAAAAGACAAGGAAGAAAAUGCAUUAACCAGAAGUGCCAGUGUGAGACAUCCAGCCAAUAGCAUCCGGAUCGAGGAGAAACUGGAGAAAUACACCUCAGCUGUGCAGCGAUCCGAGGUGAAGUCCCCGGUGACCAUGCCGAGAGGUUUUCUCCCCUCCUUGGAGGGUGUGGCCAGCAAGCGCAGCAUCUUCGAGGCCAAUGCCCCCAGCAAAGCUGAUCCAGCCCCCGUCAGAAAGGAGAAUUUGAGGCUCCCUGGCGUGGUGUCAUCUCGCAUCAACCUGUGGAUAAGCAAGGCCCAGGAACCCAGCAAGGAUGGAGGAGUCAAGGACGCUGGGAGAACCGACAGCGUGACAAAGCGCAACCUCUGGGCCAAGCGGCCUGACGACUCCUCCAGUGACACCAGGCUGUAACACUACAAGACUCCCUGGGGAUAAUCUCUUGCUGUGAUGAUCAAAGCCUGGCCCUAUGCAAUCCUCCAGCAUCCCUUCAUGGCUUUGUCUCUGAGCAUCUCCCUCCCAUAAGACCAACGCUGCCUGGAGACCCAUGUCCUGCUUUCCUCUUAUGGUGCUGGGUGUUUCAGGGGCCUCUUACUUCUGACUGGUGGAUGGGAAGGAAGAAGCUUUGAAGAUGACUCGUGUCCUGCUGUCCCAUCCCACCUCCCGGUCUAGCUAUGACUUAUCAAAGCCAUGAGUGCUGUCCACAUUGAUGGUAUGAGAUCUUUGCUGCCCUGUCCCUGGACAAUGCUUCAGCGUCUCCAGUUACCGUGUGCUAUGACAUGUGCUGUACCUGCAACAGACUGAACCAGGGAACCCGCAUCCGGCUGCUAAAGCCAGCUCCAGAGCGUUGCUAGCAGUGGCCGGGCUCGGGGCUCAGGCCAUUACAGCAUUGCCCCUGUAGGUCCCGGGUUAAAAGCCAGCCCAGGCUUCACACAGUGGUAGCUGUAGGUAGCAGUGUUGUCUGGCUGAGGGAAGAGCUGUCUCCGCUAAGUUCCUACCUCAGCAGAUGGGCCCCAACACAGCCAUCCCUCAGCAAAGGGGCCAUGAGGCCUGACCUCUCCUCCCCCACUAGAAAACCUCCCUGUAAGUCAGGGCUCAGGUGUGUUGGCUGGGUGCGGUGCAGGCAGGAAACCACUGCUGACCUGCGGCUCUUGGAGGAUGUCUGCUGCAGGGUGUGGCAUUCGUUGGGCCAGAUCCAUGGGCUGCCUUGGUUGACACUGCUGAGUAUCUGGCCAAGCACCCGUCACUGCUUCAUACCCCAUCCAUUCACACAUGUGCACCACACUGUCCCUCCCCCUGGACACUCACUGGGGCUGUCCUGGGGGAGCAGUGUCUGCAUUGUCCCUGGUUUGGUGUCAGAGGCCAAUGGCCCCUUUAGCUCCCUUACUCCCAGUGUGUCACAUGGGAGGGUGGCAGUUCUCAAGCUUUCCCAUGCUAGUGCCCUG